AUGAAUUCCGCUCCGCCAGUAAAUGAAAUCGAUAUUGCUGACAAGCAAUCUCUUCAACCUAUAAUCAAUUUUCUGGCAGGACAGUUUCCAGAAUCAAUGGGACUAUGGCACCUUUUGAAGGACAUUCAAAACAAUGUGGUAAGAAAAAACGAUUUGUGGCCAAAUCAACUGUUGGUUAACGAUAAAAAUGAUAUAAAAUGCGUACUGUUUAUAUAUUCUCUUAUGGGUUUUAAAAGUACCUAUGAAUCCGUGACGGAGGAAGAAGCAUCAAUGUGUAGAGAAAUCAAUUUUUUCUGCGAUAAUAAAGAAGACCAACUUUUCGUUUCUAUGAUUCAACACUAUGUUCCAUGGACAACAGCCAAAUCCAUCGUUUUCUCCUCUUUUCCACACCGAUUUUCGUCAAUAAUUGAAAGUUUUAUUCAAGAAAAUAGAUUAGGCAGCACGCAUAUUACAACUUGCCAGCAGAUGGAAUUAGAUAAAGAAUCAUUUAAAGAAAAAUAUAAAACAAUGACAUAUGUGUGUCCAUCAGAUAUUGUUAUUCGACCGUUGUCGUUGUCUGAUGCAUCCACUGUCAAUAACUUUUGGGAAUAUAAAUCCCCGAGUUCUUUGUAUAGAAUUUCGCAUGAAAUCGAGCAUUCGCUAGCAUACGGUGCAUCUUGUGAUGAAAAAUUAAUUGGUUGGUGUUUGCAAAGAUAUGAUGGCUCCAUAGGAAACGUUUUUAUAAAACCAGAAGCUCGGAGACGUGGUAUUGCGUCGAUAUUAAAUGCCUAUAUGGCGUCAAAAGUUUUAGCAAAAGAAGAACAAGUGUACUGUUUUGUAACCAAAGAUAACGUAGCAUCAUUCAACAUGUUACAACAGAUAGGAUAUAAACGCACAGCGGAUGCAGAUUGGUUAGCUUUUACAGCGAAAUAG